AUGAGUGUGGACCCGGACUGCCCCCCAACCCUGUCUUGCUCCGAAGCAGCGGAAUCCGGGGACCCUUCGCCGAAGCCUGAGGUUCCGGGGCCUGCAGAAACCUACGACUCCCCCCAGAUGACCGAGGCCGACGUGUCCCUCUGCGAAGCUGCCUCUCCCUUCCCUUCCUCCGGGGACCUGCACGUCCAGGAGACACCCGACUCCUCCACCAGCCCCUGUGUCCCCCUGCCUGACUCCCUGGAGGCCUUGCCCAAGAAAGGGGAGGUGAAGGUCCGCAUGAAAAAGCAGAAGGUUCGCACUGUCUUCACGCAGACGCAGCUCUGUGUGCUCAAGGACCGCUUCCAGAGGCAGAAGUACCUGAGCCUGCAGCAGAUGCAGGAGCUCUCCAGCUUCCUGAACCUCAACUACAAGCAGGUGAAGACCUGGUUCCAAAAUCAGAGAAUGAAAUACAAGAGAUGGCAGAAAAGCAACUGGCAGAACAGCGCUGACGCACCUCAGAAGGGCCCGGCCCCUGUAGAGUACCCAGGUACCUGCUCCAAUUAUGCCCAAGGCAACCUGGUGAAUACAUCCGGGAACCUUCCCAUGUGGAGCAACCAUACCUGGAACAACUCAGCAUGGAAUACUCAGUCAUGGGCCAACCACUCCUGGAACACACAGACGUGGAACUCGCAGACAUGUAACAUGCAGACGUGGAACGCGCAGACCUGGAAUGCGCAGACCUGGUACCCCCAAGGCUGGAACAGCCCAUAUCCCAGUUGCGGGGAGGAACCACUGCAGCCCUGCCUGCCCUUCCCGCAGAGUUUGCCUGCCAAUGACUUGGAGGCCUCACUGGAAGUCGCUGGGGACAGCCAGAAGUACUUAAACAGCCCCCAGGCCCUGGAUCUGUUCCUGAAUUAUGCCAUGAGCCUGCAGCCUGAAGACCUGUGA